AUGAUAGUGUCUGUAAACUGCGGGAUUUGGGUUUUUCCUGAUGAUACUGCAAACGCUCUCGGACCCAUGUUCAGUGGUUUCUUGCAAACCGGGGCCUACAACGGGUUGAAUGGUGUUUAUGGCUUGGCGGGAUGGAAAUGGCUUUUCAUCAUCGACGGCAUCAUUACAAUCCCGAUCGCUCUCCUGGGUUUCUUCCUGAUGCCUGACCUUCCCACGACCACCAAACCAUCCAUAUUUUACACUCAGGAACAACUUAACAUCGCGAUCGCUAGGAUGGAGAAGGCUGGGCGCAAGCCACCUUCACCGUUCACUUGGGAGAAGAUCAAGGGUUUCUUCACCACAUGGCACAUAUGGGUGCUCGUCCCUUUGUACGUUCUCAACACCGAGAUGAUCUUCUGGCUCAAGAGCUUCAACACGCGCGCCGGGCACACGGUGUAUACCAUCGGCCAAAUCAACACGUACCCCCUCGCCAUUCAAGCGAUUCAAGUCGUUACGACCCUGAUGUACGCAUGGUGGUCAGAUAUCGUCGGCGCUCGAUGGCCUCCCAUGCUCUUUGCAGGCACAUGGAGUAUGAUCACAUGUAUCGUGCUUGCCGCGACGCCCUUGUACACUCACAUCACGAGACGAUGGGUUUUCUACUACUUCACCGGAGUUCAAAAUGGCCUUUCUGGCCUGAUCCUCGCGUGGACGAACGAGCUCUGCAGCAGCGACAGCGAGAAGCGCUCCUUCGUCAUCGGCAACUCCAACAUGUGGGCGUAUGUUGUUCAAGCGUGGCUUCCUAUCCUCAUCUUCCCGCAGGUCGAGCAGCCGCGAGUGCUCAAGGGGAACAUCACUACCGCUGCGAUAAACUUCGGCAUGAUGUUGUUUGCGAUGCUCACACUAUACCUAUCCCGACGCGACCAGCGCAAGGGUGCGCACGCUCCCGAUGUCCCCGUGGACGACACGGAGUCGACAGGAAAAGUGGCAUUGAAGAGGUGGACGAAAAGGUUGAUGUGA